UAACUCACAUGGGAUUGAGUUCGGGGAUAUUGGCAAUAUGGUUUUAAGAAUAAGAUAAUCAAAUGUGAUAACUAAUUUAUAAGAUGUUGUUAUUUCAUUCAGUAAUACUUUAGCUGCACACGGAUGUGGUUUUGUGACGUUGUAAGUAAUAAAGUAGCCGAGAAAAGGUACAUGUAACUUCGAUGAUGUUAAGUGUUGUGUUAUGUAUACAUCUAUUACGCAUAUGUUAGUUUGUUUCAGAUUUAUUUCUAGGAAGUUGAAUAUUAUUGAUCUUAUCAUCAUCAUCAUCAUUAUUAGCAGUAGAAGUAGGGGACCAUUAUCAGCUUAUGACCAUCCCUAUCAUCUGCAAAAGCAUUAAUCAUUAUAAUCAUAGCAGACCAUCAUCAGUAUCCUUAUCAACAUCAUAUACCACCAUCAUCAUUGAAUGUACCACCAGCAUCAUCUAUAACAUCAGCAGCAGCAUCAACAGCAUCAUUUUAACAUGACCUCUACCAUCAUCACCAUAAAAACAACCUCAACAUCAACAUUUGAACAUGACUACGACAAUACCAACCAUCAUCAUAAACAUUAUCAUCAUCAUCAAUUAUAAUCAUCAUCACCAACAUCAUCGAUAGCCCUAUCAUCAUCGUCAUCUUGAUUUUAACAUUACCAGCACCAUCAUCAUCUUAAUCAUAUCAACAGCAUUGCCACAUGAUCCCACCAUCAUCGUCAACAUCAUCAUCAUCAUCAUUAUUAUCACAGCCGAGGUCUCGUCCUAAUCCUAAUUUCUUCUUUCUAGCACUACUCCCGUUGGAGACGUUUCACUGGCUAGCGAGCUCAUUUAAAUGUUUAAGUUAAUGAGGACAUUGAAUUGAGUGCUUUAAUUGUUUCUUCCGAACAUCAUAUUAUGUAUGCAUAUAAGUUGUUGUGUUGUUGUAACGACUAUUUUGACUUUGUGCCCGUGAUUCAUUAUCCGCAUCAUACUGACAUCACUCUUUGUUGAGAGGUUCUUGAACAAUGUUCGAGAUUUAAAGUGAUCCGUGAUUAAAAAAAACACGAACAUACUUUUGAUAUUCCGGUAUGUUGAAAGUUCCAUCCUAAAAACAUGGCCGCGAGGGACGUUUUGUUUCAAUUGAUUUGAGAUUAUAGAAAAUGUACUAAAGCUUAUCUUCUUGUCAAAAUGUUUCUUAAUAUGAGCUUCAUUCCGGGAAAACGGGGCAUAAUGCAUGUGUUAAAAGUGCCGUCUAUACAGUCAAUGCAUUCUUAUCAGGGACGAGACUUUCCGCAUAGUGUGGACUUACUUUAAACAAAUAAUUACAUAAAAAAACGGAAAGUGUCGUGACUGCUUCACGUCUGCUGACCAUGCUGAUAUAAGACGACACUUUAUGAACAUGCAUUAAGCCCAGUUUUCCCAGAGCACGACUCAUAUCAUUGUUACUAUUUCUCAUUUUGGAGAUUAUAAAGUUUAACGUAAGAUUUAGUGUGGUUAAUUUGCUACAGAUCAUGCGUACAGAUGCACGUCUUACAUAAUAGUUACAGCACUUUUUGAUGUCAGUAUCUGAGCUGUGUGCCAUCUUGUCCCUCUACUUAUUUAUACUUAAAAGGACUUGUUCACAUAUUUUGGCAUGUAUUUUACUUAGUCAUUAUAUGCUUUAAAUUGAUCAAUUUAAACAUCGUAACUAAAUUGCUCAUAUAUAAAUUAAAAAUUAAAUAAAAGAAGGAAAAUAAGUAUUCCUCAACCGGGCUCGAACCACUGACCCUUCGUUUAAAAGUCUCACAUUUACACCACUGGGCCAUCCGUGUUUACAUCAGUCUUGUAUUUUAUACUUUGUAUAAGCAAUGCUCAUCAUGUAACGAUACUAUAUUAUAUAACAAAAUAUAACGAUAACAACACAACUCUGUUAAUUAUUCAAUCCUUUCGCGUUUGUAACGCUUUAUAAUUUUAUGUUUGUAUGCCCCCGGAUCGAAUGAUCGGGUGCAUAUUCUUUUUGGCCUGUUUAACCCUGGUCAAACUUUUGCAAUAUCUUUUGCAAUAUUGAAGAUAGCAUAUUGAUAUUUAGCAUGCAUGUGUAUCGCAUGGAACUGCACAUUUUGAGUGGUAAAAAGGUCAAGGUCAGUCAAAGGUAAAAUAUGUGGGUCCAAAAACUGUAACCUUGGUCAAAACAUGCACUAUUGAAGAUAGCAACUUGAUAUUUGGCAUGCAUGUGUAUCUCAUAGACCUGCACAUUUUGAGUGGUGAAAGGUCUGGUCAAGGUCAUCCUUCAAGGUCAAAGGACAAAUAUAUGGCUUUAAAGCAGCGCAGUAGGGGGUAUCGUGUUUCACAAACACAGCUCUUGUUUAAAUCGUCAAAAUAUUCAUAUUUGGGAUAUUUUAGGGCAUGGUAAUAAUUCAGAGUUCAUUAUUACUGUUUCUUGCAAAUAUCAUAAAUAAAACGAAAAUGUGCAAAUCUGAAACUGUUUUUUUCAGUCAAUUUACCCAAACGUAAAAAAGUCCCUUUUAAACAGUGGACGCUCCAGCUGUUUUUUCAGUAGAAUGACUAAGUGCUGACGUACGCAAUGUCAAACAUGAGGCGAUGGCAGGCACAGUUAUGCGCUCUUGCCACCCUGUUGGUACUACGGUCACACUGGCAAGUGUCUGGUGGUAACAUCUGCGACACUUCAAACAGAACAGAUCCAGCGUUCUCCCCAAACUUGAAUAUGGCUGAGUACGUUCGCUACGGGAUGUCCAAGGCCUUGGUUUGCUGCGCCAGUGGGUUUCACGCCAUUCAGUGGCAUAUUCUAAACGCGAGCGAGGUCUGGUUACCCUAUCCCCCUGAAACAUGGGGCACUGACACUCCCAAAACAGAAGAGGAUGGUCAGGUGCUGAGGAUAUAUCACGCCAUGGAUUUCCAAAACACAAAAUUCCGGUGUGACUUGGUUGUGUCAAAUGGAUCAGUGAUGUUGAGUCACAUUAUAUCGCUGCAUGUCUCUCAUUGUUCAACACGGGCGAGUGGGCCAUUGCUAAUUGAGCCUUUUCCACAAAAUCAAACGAUACUCGACUAUGGCGGGAAUAUAAGCUUUUAUUGCACGGGCGAUUUUGGGUGUUACAACAAUAAUGACGUGCAAAUUGUAAUGUGGUCAGUGGACACUAUUGACAUUGACAAAAUUGCUUCAAGUGUCAGCGACAGAUACCAUCUUGUUACCAAUGAAAGCGACGAUAAGACGACGAUUGGAGUAACUCUGACCAUAGUGAAAGUGGAGCCAAUGGAUACCACCAGAUCUUUCAUAUGCACUAUCAUGAAUGACCAAUUUAUUAAUGGUCAGACAAGCAGGAUGGUGUGGAUAACAAAGACAGAAAGAUCAGAUCCACCAACAAUGAUGAUAGUGAUGGCGGUUUCCUCAGUUGUGGGAAUAUUCGUGGCCGCAUUCCUGCUAGGCUUUUGUAUUUACAAGUGCUACGGGCCCCAGGUGAAGCUGCUUGUCUACGUGCAUUGCCCCUGCUGUCAUCGCAAGGCUAUGGAUGAGGACAAGUAUGAGUACCACGUAUUCCUUUAUCACUCUGAUGAUGACGGUGAAAAGGCGGAAUACAUCAGGCAGAACCUCAAGGAGCGAAACUAUUAUGUGUUCAUAUCUGCUGAUAUUACACCAGGAACAGAGACCAUUAACACGACAUCAGCAUUGUUUGAGAAGAGCGCAGCAGUGCAUUUUCUGUAUACGGAAAACCUGCUUCAUGAUAAUUGGGCACUGAGAUUCCUAAUCAACUUGAUUGAGGAUGGGAAAGAUAUUCUCUGCCUGGAAAUAGAUGAAUUCAAACCGCAGAAAGUUAUCGAAGCUAUCAAGGGUGCGCAAUGUGAGAAUGAGGCUAACCACUUUGAGAUCAGUACUGAUGGCGUCAAUAUCGAUGAUAAAAAAGUUGAUAGAAAUGAGAGAGUGUCGAACAUUAAAGAUAUUGGGUACUGGAAGCGUCUCCCGAAAAUUAAAGUUCCAACUGAAAAUGAUUCGAGGAGAAAACAAGAGAAUUUCUGGUCCUUUCUUCAGAACAUGCUCCCCAAGCCGAGACUUGAAAGUCCGGACAAAAUUGAACAAAUCCAAAGAGGGAUACACGCCCAUGAACGAAUUUCAUCAGCGAGUAGCUCUCUACUUGAAAACGAGCUUUCUACUCAUAUGUGUUAUAUAGGUCCUCAACCAGAAUUUAGUCCGAAGUCAGAUAGUGUGUUUGAAUAUCCGCUGGAGAAUGCUAACAAUGCGAGUAUGAAUAAUGAAUGGAACGCAGAAACGUACAUUGAAAACAAUUGCCUGCCACUGAAUUCGCAACCAGCGAAGUUAUAUGAAAUGGUCCUAGGACAGGUCAAUGGUUAUGUUGCUGACAAUGAUGUAACGAUGGUCAAUGGGUCCCAAAAUGCACUAGAAAUGGGAAUUGGACAAAGUACUAGUGCAUCUUAUAACCGAAAACAUGCACAUGGUACUGAAACUGUGCGCUUUAUAAAUCAAAAUGUGGGCAAACAUGACAAUAGUUUCCAUGGCGCUAUCCCCCAUGAUGACUUGAUACACCCUGUGGCUUUUACAUGUAUCAUGUUCACGGGCACUGAAUCGCCAAGUUUCAACAUGAGAAUGCCGAGCCCGUCUGAUUGCAACGACGAUUUAUGUAGGUCUAAUUCGUAUGCAUACUCUUCAGUUGGGGAUAAUUCAACCAGCAUUUCCGGUCAAAGUGACAUUGGAUAUAAACAAAGUCACACGAGUUCAUCCUUUGGUGCAACAAGUAGUUCGCUUGGUACAACUCAGUCUGCUUUAACAACCUCUUCAAGUUUAAAUGGCUCCUCAUCUGAUGUUUCAUAUUUUACCGAUAGUGGAGUGAUAAAACAUGGAGAGGCAAAGCAUGAUAUAAAUAGCUUUGUUCAAAAUGCACAAGGUUUAAAUAAUGCACUGAAACUCUCAUUAAAACCGACUGGUUAUACGCAUAAUAUCAGCAAUAAAGUUGUAUCUCCGGAAAGUGGGUAUUCGUCUGAUAGUACAAACCCGACUUUCAUCUCAAUACCGGAAUAACGGCGAUAGACUCCAUUGGAAUUUCCUUUAGAAAACCACUUGUCCUCAGGGUAGUUUACAUCUUUGUCACUUUGCUGAAAAAGUGUAUUAAAUCGUACGUGUCAAAUAUUUUGUCACAUGUUUAAGUUAACCAAAAUUAAUAUACCUUGAAGGUAUUUAUUGACAAAGAAGUUUAUAAUGUAUUUAUAUGUAAUUUUGAACAAUUCGUUUUUUAUGACCACUUAAGCUAUUAUCAUAGUCGGUUGACUACUGCGCACGGGCCUUUCACGGACCAAACAGUAUGAAUGUUAAAGGGACUGUCAACCGCGAUUGACGAAAAAAGAAAAGUUCUAAAAUACUGU